AUGGGAGCCGUCGUAUCAUGCAUCAAAUCUCUCUGCCAGACCAUCGGCGCCUGCCUCAUGGCCAUCGUUAACGGCAUCGCCUCCGUCCUGCAAGCAAUCGUGGGAGCCAUUGCCGCCUUUUUCGACAUCAUCAUCUCUUGUCUCACCUGCGGUCGUGGCGGUGGUCGUAGACGCAGAGGCACGACGAGUCAUGUCUAG